AUGUCGCUCCCCGACGUCACCGCCGCGAAUGUGGCCGAGGUACUCCAGAAUGAUCGUAUGGUCAAAGUCGCUGGGGUCGAUGUGGAUGGCCAGCUACGCGGCAAACUCAUGAAGAAGAGCAAGUUCCUGUCUAUUGUUGCCGGUGGGUUUGGUUUCUGCUCUAUUACUUUUGGCUGGGACCAACAAGACAUGGAUUAUCCCAAAGAGCUUGCUAUCUGGAACGAAGAGAAUGGCUAUCGAGAUCUGAACAGCUUUCGGCGUAUUCCGUGGGAGAAUAAUGUGCCUUUCUUCCUUGUCAGCUUCUUAGACCCGGACACACGAGAGCCAGUCUGCGCGUGCCCACGAGGGCUGUUGAAAAAUGUGGCUGCGAAAGCUGAGACUGCCGGCUAUCGCGCUAUGGCGGGAGGCAUUGCAGUUUGGAUUCAGGGGUUCAAAUGCCGCAUUUCAACUUCCCAGGCUCACUAUGUCAUGUUUGUGUCCACGAUAAGAUACGUUGUCAAGGCCUCCGGUAUUAAGCACGGCAUCGCACCUUGUUUCAUGGCAAAACCGCGUCAUGGGUUCCCUGGAAACAGUGGACACAUGCAUAUUACUCUCGUUACCAUGGAUGGCAAAAAUGCUUUCACUCGCGACACUCCCGAUCCCUCUCCUCCGCACCCAGAUGUGGCACAUUUGUCGGAUCUCGGUCGCCAAUUCCUCGCUGGUUUACUGACAGGCCUACCGGACAUGAUGCCGCUCUUUGCGCCCACUAUCAAUUCCUACAAGCCCACCCACUUUGAAAUCCGCGUUCCUGGUGCAGAUGCUAAUCCACACUUUGUGCUUGCCGCAAUCAUAGCCCUCGGCUGGCGUGGUAUAGAGAAGGAGCUUGAAAUUCCCGUGCCACCGUUGCCCAAGGGCGAGGACAUGAGCAGCGCAAGCGACAAAGGUGUGCGCUUGGCCAAGUCAUUGAAUGAGGCAGUGGCCACAUUCACACGACCUGAUAAUGUGGCUCGAGAGGUAUUUGGAGACAGCUUCGUCGAUCACUUUGGCGGCACCAGGGAGCAUGAAAUCCAGCUGUGGGAAGAAGCCGUGACUGACUGGGAGGUGCGGCGGUACAUUGAGACGGUUUGA